CAAGUUCGACACAUGACAAUGAUUUGGUCCAUCCAUAAAACAACGAUUGGACUAAUCCUUGUUUUCGUAACAUUUACGACUCAAAUUUCAGCUCAAUCGCACUGUUAUAUUUCAUCUUAUGUUCAGAACCUCGCUCCGAAUAUAAAUCAUUGUAUCAGUUGCAAUAGGAGUCCAUCUCCGCCGUGUGUGCAUAAGCUAAGCCGACCACCACCACCUCAACGAAAAUGGCUGCACAGACCACCACCUGCGCCUCUUGCGAGGCUCUAUUUCUACUCUCCUCCACUUCCUAGUUUGUCAUACUUGCCUAACCUUCCACCACAUACAGCCUUGUCACGACCGCCACCACCUCAACGAAUAAGGUUGCACAGACCAUCACCUCCGCCUCUUGCAAGGUCCAUCUUCUACUCUCCUCCACCUCCUAGUCUGUCAUUCUUGCCUAACCAUCCACCACAUGUAGCCUUGUCACGACCACCACCACCUCAACGAAUAAGGUUGCACAGAGCACCACCUCCGCCUCUUGCAAGGUCCAUCUUCUACUCUCCUCCACCUCCUAGUUUGUCAUACUUGCCUAACCAUCCACCACAUGUAGCCUUGUCACGACCACCACCACGUCAACGGAUAAGGUUGCAUAGACCACCACCUCCCCCUCUUGCGAGGUCCUACUUCAACUCUCCUCCACCUCCUAGUCUGUCAUCCUUGCCUAACCAUCCGCCACAUUUAGCCUUGUCACAACCACCCCCACCUCAACGAAUAAGUUUGCACAGACCACCACCUCCGCCACUUGCGAGGUCCAUCUUCUACUCUCCUCCACCUCCUAGACUGUCAUACUUGCCUAACCAUCCACCACAUGUAGCCUUGUCACUACCACCACCACCUCAACGAAUAAGUUUGCACAGACCACCACCUCCGCCUCCUGUUAGGUUCUCCUUCUACUCUCCUCCACCUCCUAGUUCGUCAUACUUGCCUAACCAUCCACCUCAUGUAGCCUUGUCACGACCACCACCACCUCAACGAAUAAGUUUGCACAGACCACCACCUCCGCCUCUUGCAAGGUCCAUCUUCUACUCUCCUCCACCUCCUAGUCUGUUAUCCUUGCCUAACCAUCCACCGCAUGUAGCCUUGUCACGACCAUAUCCGCCUCCUGCAUGGUCCUAUUUUCACUCUCCUCCGCCUCCUAGUUCGCCGACCUUCCCUAACCAUCCACCUCAUGCACCCUUGUCGCGACCUCCAAACAUCAUCUCCGGUGAGAUGAAAGAGUCGAUCAUGGCAUACUAGUGAACCAAAUUGGCAGCAUUAUCUCCCAUCAGCAAAAGCUAAUAAGGGAGCCACUUUGAUUGCAUUACAGGUUGAGACCUGACAAAAAUAAAAUGCCAUAAUGCUUGUUUUAUGGUUUAAGUUUGGUUUCUUCUUUCUUUUGGCAAUAGUUAUAUUGCAGUUCGGCUGGUUGCAAGGUAAUUCUAUGGGCCGGCAGAAAGAACAGGAAAUGUUUCUUUUUUUUCUUUUUUUGUUCGAAGGACGUGAUUUUUGUUGAAGCAACAUUUUAGUUUGAGAAGGAUUGUUGUGUUUUGAAUGAGA